AUGUCUUUUCAUCCUAAUCAUUAUUUAAAUGGUUUGAACUUGGAAUAUGAGGAUACCACAACCUCACCCAAUAAUAACAAUAACAUGUUUUCACCUUCAUCAGCUAAUAGCCAUGACUUGAUCACUGAAGAGGAUAUUCAACAACACCUUGACUUGUUUAGUGGCGCAGCUAACGAAUUUUACUCAUUAGAUGUCGUUGGUGAUGACACUGUUGUCCCUAUUAAACCAGUGCAACAGUAUCAGCAACAACAACACCACAACAACCAACAGUUGGAGCAACAAUACAAGGAGUCAUUUGCAAGACCUAACCAACAAUCAGUUGUAAAUUCAAAACUACCAACUACCCACGAUAUUGGAUUGACAGCCAAUGCAGCAAACAUUCCAUCUCCAUAUUCAGUAGCGUCUACUCCUUAUACUCCUUCAGCCAAUACUGUCACCAAUGCAACUUGGAACGGAAUACUGUCAUCUCAAGGUGCACUUGACGACAAGAAAAAGAGAAAUACUGCAGCUAGUGCAAGGUUUAGAAUCAAAAAGAAGUUGAAGGAACAAGAAAUGGAAAGAAAAGCCAAAGAAUUAGAAGAUAAAGUUGUGGCAUUAGAAAAGAAGUUGAAGACUAUGGAAAUGGAAAACAAGUGUUUAAAGAGCAUAAUAUUUCAACAAAACGAACAAAAAAAUAUUGAUUUACUAGAAUCGAUAAAGAAGAAGUCAAUUAUGGAUAGUAAAUCAAAUUUCGAAUACACUGUCUGA